AUGGUGAAAUAUUACUUUUACAAGGGCAUGGUCCCCAAAGACCAGGAUCGACUGCGUCAGCUUGUGGCUUUGGCGUAUCAGACAGCAAGAGACAGAAAGCUCUAUCCAAAGGCGGUGCUUAUUAGGUAUGACCCUUUGGGUCCACAUGUUACCCUUUGCUACAAAGACGAGGAUCAGCUCCUCCGUGGGACUCAUGUCGCAAGUCAUGGCUAUGUUCAUGGAAAGGACAACCUUGGAUUUGUACGCGCAACUCAUGCAGGAGAAAAGGCAGAUACAGCCAAGAGACUGCAAGGGAAGAAGACAGUAUGGCCAUCCGAGAAUGAGCUUGAGGCUGUGCCAGAGAUCGGCUACGGCCACCUGCCACGCAACUAG